AUGUUAUCGUUAUCAAGUAGUCAACUUGAACCAUCAGCACUUUUAUCUCAUGCUCGAUUAACUAUUGAAUCUUUAAUCCAACGGCCAAGUACCAUAACAACAUCGAAUGCUUUCGAUGAAUUCUCAAUAUUAGAUCAGCUGAUCGAUGUUAGUAAUGAUGUUGAUCGUUUCGAAGAUGGUGAAAAUCGUAAAUUUUUAAAUAUAGCACAAUUAAUAACAGCUUCAACAUGCAUCUAUUCUCGUCGUGUGGAUGCCCUCUAUCAAUUGAUUAAUACAUUUCAAUCAUCAUCAUCAUCAUCACAAAACAAAAUACACGAUGAAAAUAUAUCGGAUGAAGAUCAAGAAUCAGAAUCGAUUAUUAUGGAUAAUAAACCAGAAGAAAAUCAGCCGAAAAAAAUUGUUCCCGAGAAAAAAAAACGAACCAAAGCACACAAUCAUUCAUUUAUUUGUCACGAUUUAUCGAAAAUAAAUUUAAAUCCAUCGAAAAACUUUUUUCUCGAUCGAACAUCUUUAGUUGAACUUCAACUUUUUCAAAAACAUGUACCAAUAGGAAAUCAACAAUUUUGGAUGAAUGAUCAUCAACCGAUCAUAUUCGAUCUUCUUUUUCACGAGCAAUUCGUGGACUUCGAAGAAGACUAUCAACAGCCUGAACAAUUAAUAGAUGUACUUAAUAAACUCUCACCAAUUAAACAACAGCAACCAUCAACAUUCGAUGAUAACGAUAUUCCAUUACCAAUACCUGCAUAUGAUGAUGAAGAAUCAUCAUCGAUUAUUGAACAUGAAAAACUUAUUGGAAAAACGAAAUCCAAUAGAAGUCGAAGCAAAAAAGUUAAACUUGAUAUCGACCUGAAUAUAUUUCGUACUGGUCUUACAGAUGAACAGCAAGAACGCUUUUGUUUUCAUAAAAUGAGACCAAUAUCAAAUAGAAUUAAAAUUGAACAAAAAGAUUUUUUUAUUAAAAAAUUUAAUCGAAAUCAUUUUGAUAAAUUAAUUAAAGAUUGUCCAACAUCGGUUGUAUCUAUUUUUAUUCCUCCAACAAUAACUAUUCAACAUGUAACAAUACGAGAACGAUAUUCAAUAAAAAUUGAUGCAUCAUUUUCUCGAACUAUUCGUUCGCCUCCUAUACCUUUAAGCGACGUCCUUAAUGACGAUGCAUUAAUGCCAUUACCAUUAUCACCUACGCCUUCAUUUACUUAUGAUAUUAAUGAAGAUAUUCAAGAAGACGUUGAUAUUCGUCUUCAAACUGACAUGGAACAAAUGCUUGAUGCAGCUACUCAACAUUCGAAUGAAGAACAACAGCAUAAUAAAAUAUUUCUUGAACUUCGUUCAUUAAUAGUGUCCUAUAUGAAUCAACAUGAUUCGGUGCAGCAGGUCAAUGCUGAUGAUUUACUCGACUCACUUAAUGAUAAUUAUUGUUUACCACUUGUUUUUAGUCAAUUAUUACAUUUAUGUGGUGCAACACAACGUUAUGCUCUUCAUUCAACCUCUAAUGAUAACUUGUUUAUAGAAAAACUGAUUUAG